UUACUCCGCAUUGAUUGCUGCAGAACCAGUUUCAUCUCCAACGGAAGUAUCGUUCUUUGGUUCUAAAUAUCGUCUCCACGAAUAUCUGCCGUUCGCAUAAAUCACGAUCAUGGAUCACAUACGGAACAAAACUUUCCUGGUCACCGGCGGAGGUAAUGGACUCGGUCUAGCUUUUGUUCAACGGCUGUUGCAGGACGGCGCGAAGAUUGUUGCCAUCAUCGACUUAGAAAGCAGGUCCGUAGCGGUUACGGUAACCGAGUUGGAAAGAGAAUUCGGAAAGGGACACGUUCAAUAUUUCCCUUGCGAUGUGAGCAAUGUUCAACAACUGAAAGAGACCUUCACAAAGAUCUGGAGCACACUAAAUGACAUCGAUGUUGUCAUUAACAAUGCUGGUAUAUUUAAUGAUUGCAAAUGGGAGCAAACGAUUGGUGUGAAUGUCAACGGUGUGAUCCAAGGAUCGUUGCUCGCUUUGAACUACAUGGGCAAGCACAACGGUGGCAAAGGUGGCACCAUAAUAAACAUCUCGUCCAUCACGAGCCUUGAUGUUUUCCCAUCUAUGCCUGUUUAUUGCUCCAGCAAACAUGCCGUAUUGGCGUUCAGUCGUUGCCUACAGGAAAACUUCGAGAAAACUGGGGUUCGCGUUCUCGUGCUGUGCCCUGGAGUCACGACAACGAAUCUCAUAAACGAUAUUACGGAGAAAACUUUGGACCUCGUUGAUGAAAAACAUAGGGAAAAUUUUGAGAAGAACUAUCCAAAACAAUCAAUGGAAUACGUUGUCAGAGCCAUGCUAAGCCUUCUUUUGAAAGGCCCGAACGGAUCAGUCUGGGUCAGUGAGGCUCAGAAACCACCGUACGCCGUCGAAUUCCCUCCUUACAGGAAAAGGAGUAUGCAGAUCAAGGAUAAAAGAGUCAUCGUAACGGGAGCUGCGGGUGGUUUGGGUAUGAACAUCAGCAGAGAACUGCUACGAAAUGGUGCAUCCAUAAUAGCAAUGAUAGAUGUUGAGGAGGUAGCUGGCGAAGAAGCGAUGAACAUAUUGAACGCGGAAUUUGGCCGCAAUCGAGCUGUAUUCUUUCAUUGCGACGUUGCGAACAAUGCCCAAUUCGAUGAUACGUUCAAAAAAGCUGUGAAAACACUCGGCGGCCUCGAGAUCCUAGUGAACAAUGUUGGCGUCAUCAACGAAGACGAUUUUGGAAAAGCUGUCGAUGUAAACGUGACGGCGGUGAUACGAGGGACGCUUCUCGGGAUCCAACAAAUGCAAAAGGACGCCGGUGGCAAAGGCGGUGUUAUCGUAAACAUAUCGUCUGUGGCUGGUCUGUACUCCUUAUCUCAGCUUCCAGUAUAUUCCGCCACGGAGCACGCUGUGGUUUCCUUCAGUCGUUCCUUUGCGCUACCUUAUCAUUACGAGAAGACUGGAGUAAGAAUAAUGGUCCUAUGCCCUGAGCUUUCUCAGAUGUCCAAUGAUGCGAAAGAUUUGGAAGACAGCCCCUCGCGGGAUGAAGUAAUACAGAAAUACAUCCGAAGAGUGGACAGCGUGGCACACGGAUUAAUUUACGUGAUCAGAUGCGCUCAGAAUGGAAGUAUUUGGAUCAGUGAGGAUGGGAAACCUGUCUACGAGAUACAACUGUUCGACACCCUACCGCAAAAAAAAUCAGCUCGGCUUAUAAAUACCAUUGGCGAAGACCGAUCGAACUUUAGUACAUUGAGGCACGUUCACUCCGUCUUGUGUCUCUCGAACUCUUUGCAAACCGAUAUCUCGUGUGUCUCAUUUCUCUCGCGAUCUCCUUCGGACAAAAAGAUGGAAGACGAGAGCAACAAAGGCAGACGAUCUUCCGCGUCUGAGAAAGCCAAGGAGAUAGAGGCGAUAAAUGGACUCGUUUCCGGCAAGAACGUGCUCAUCACUGGCGGCGCUGCAGGUUUGGGGAACGCGUUUAUGAACCACUUUCUGAAACACGGCGCAAACAGAAUAACCAUAUUAGAUAUCGACGAGGAGACGGGAAAGAGAGUCGAAUUGAGCGUAGAGAAAUCCUACGGGGAGAAGAAGGUGCACUUUAUUCACGUCGAUGUCUCCAACUACGAACUUAUGGCUGCGGCUUUUGACGAAGCAACGAGUUUAAUGAACGAUAUUGAUAUUAUCGUAAAUAACGCUGGUACCUUGGACGAACGACGAUGGGAAAGAGAAAUAGCAGUUAACAUUGGAGGAAUGAUGUGUACCGCCUUAUUGGCUGUCAAAUAUUUGAGCAGAGACCAACUUGGACACGGAGGAACUUUAGUGAAUAUCAGUCAGCAUGUAGACAUUAGAAGCACUGCUCAAAUUCCGAUUUACACGGCCACCAAACACGCUAUUAUUGGCCUUUCACAAUCUUUAGCAGACUCUUACCAAUACGAGAAGACUGGUAUUCGUGUGAUAACUCUGUGCCCUGGCCUGACAGAAACUGCCCUCACAGUGAACAGCCCAAACAGAUUACUCUCUCGAGUUAUGAAGGCGGACUUCGUAAAAAAUCUCGAACAACUGUCGAUACAAACUCCGUACGUGGUUGCUCAGGGUCUAAUGUCGAUACUAAGAAUCGCAGAAUCCGGCACCAUAUGGGUGAUUGAGAACGGUCGAACCCCGUAUGAAGUUUAUGUUCCAAAUCCACGUAGUCUGCGGCGUACUUACAAAAACAAUUUCACGCUAGUCGAGACCAAGGUAACCACAAGAGGCCGGCCAAUUAGAGAAGUCUGUGACAAUACACGAACAGGUCUGAUGAGUUGUGCUUGACGACGCGAUGGCGGAACAUCUUUGACCAUGAUCUUCCGCGUUCUUCAAGAAGCUCUAAAGAUUGGGAUCGCUACAGUGUUCAGUCGUUUUGCUUAAUAGAAUCCCUUCGUAGCCACUGCACGUGGGAAAAUUGUCGAAGGUCGACGAAAGCGAUCGGAUCGAGUCGUUUUCGAUCACUUGAAAUGCUGUUGGAAAAAAAAAAAAAAGGUUCAAGCUGCACAGUGCUUGAUAUUCGUUAGUCAUCGAUACAAUAUUGAGUAUUUAUACAGACAAUGCACGCGUAUAUACAUGAUGUUUUGUACAUAAAAUCAACGUGACCGAAUUUAAGAGUUCUCUUAAAUAAUUGCAAUUGUUGGCAAGAAUGAUAUGGAUUUAUUAUACG